AUGAAUGUGGGCAAGAGCUUGGCGAGUAAAGUGCUGGCUGUGGUCGCGGUUAUGCAGUCCCAGGGCCUUGAUAUUUGCUGUCUUCAGGAGAUUGAUGUCAACGAGCCGUCGUGGCCCCGUGUGGUCGCUAGCUUCAGGGCUCAGGGCUUCGACAUCUUUGCUGGUGUUGCCGAUGCCAAUUCCAUGCGACGGUGUGCCAUUGUUAGCAAGCUUCCCGGCAAGCUGCUGCAGCUUGAGGGUGUCGAGGAGGCAGCGAGGGCGGUGGCCAUGGUCUUCGAGGUCCAGCGCAACGGCUCCUACCGUAAGGUGAUUGUUGGUUGUACCUACGGCCACGCGAGUUGCCUUGAGGCUGCCUCUCGUCAUAGUGGGCAGGUGAUUGAUGCUCUAUGUCGUCGGCGUGUUGACUGGAUGCUGCUUGGUGACUACAACGUUGCCCUGGACGAGGCCCCUGCCGCUUGGGAGCUUGCUGCCCGUGCUGAUGUUCGAAGCCUCGACGAAGCUUUUCUUGAGUAUGGCCCGCUCCCGGCUACUUCUCCGAGUCGGCUGAGGCGGAUCGACUUCGGCCUCGCUUCCCGGCAAUUGUCGGCGGAGGCUCUCCAUACCUUCGAGACCAUCGCUGAUCAUCGAGGCACGGCUUAUGAUAUGAGGUUCGCUGGCCCACGGGGUUUCUCUGGUCCGCCUCGCGCCUCUCUUACUGCGGCGGAUGUUUCGCCCUCGUGCUGGGAGGAGGUGUGGCGAACCCGAGCUGCUUCUUUCCAGGCGGCUCUCACCACGGACGUCGAGGAGGCUUGGACCAUCCUUUCCAGUGCUGCUGAACAGGCGAUGGCUGGCCCAGCUCAGCGCUUCAAUGGUUGUGCUCGGCACUCUACGUGGCGACCUCACCGAGAACGUGAUGUUCACAAAGCUGCUGCCGGCGCCGAGUCCCUCUUGCUGACGCGGAUGCGGCGCCUUCAACGACGACUUGCCCAUCUGCGCCGUGUCCAGCAUGACGCGCAGCUGCGGCGCAACAUUGUUGCCGACCUGGGGCUCCUGGGCCACACCUUCCCUGAGCUCUUGGAGUUCCGGCAUGGCGGUGAGCUCGGUGCUGUGCGGCUGGUGGAUUCCCUUGUGGCCGCGCUUGAGAAGGAGUCUUUGGAGUCUGCAGUGGCUGCUUGGAGGCAGGGCAUCGACUUCAACUACAAGGCGCAGUGUGCUUGGGUUAAGCGUCGCUCCGGCCUCGAAAAGGAGCUUGAGAAUGCUGGCGAGGUGGACCCGCUUCUUUCUCGGGUCGCCAUCCAUCCGACGCGGGUCAUUGCUGAGGCGGAGGAGCAGUGGCUGCCCCGGUGGUCGCGCAGGCAAGGACGUUGCCAUGCCGCCGUUGCGACUGCUCUGAGCUCUCUUCCGGAGCUGCCGCGUGCGAAUCUUGAGCUGUCCUUCACUGGUGCUGAGCUGUUUGCCAUCGGCAAGACCAUGUGUGGAAAAGCUGGCGGACCAGACGGCUGGACGGCUGAUUUGUGGUGCCAUUUGCCGCUGGAUUUCUGGAACUGCCUGGCGAGUCUUUGGCAGGCGGUGGUUCGGCUGAAGAAGUUGCCACACAUCUGGCGCCACUCGCGUGUUGCUCUCAUCCCGAAGGGCAACGGUGACUGCAGGCCGCUGUCUUUGCUGUGCAUCGCCUAUAGGAUUGGUGCGAGGGCGGUGCUUUCGCAGGUUUCUUCUUGGGCGGAGGCAUGGCUUGGGCAUCAGACGAGUGGUGGAGUGCCGCGUAGGUCGCUCAAGGAUGUUGUCAGUCAAGUGCUUGUUUCCAGCAUGGAUGGAGGAGUCACUGUCGCUGAGGAUUUGUCAAAAUUUUUCGAUGGCAUCGACCACCAGGAUUUGGACAUGGCGAUGGAGCGGCUUGGCGCGCCGCGCCAGUUUCGCGAUUUGGUGAGCCUCUUCUACGACGAGCACUACAAGCUUUUUUCGGCGGGAGGUCUGCUCGGAGGCUGCUGGCACAGGACGGCUCGAGGACUGUGCCAGGGUUGCCCGCUGAGUCCGCUCCUCGCCUCGACCGUCAUGUUGGCUUGGGCUUUGCGUCUCGAGCAGCUCCCUGGAGUACGAGCGGCUUCCUUUGUGGAUGACCGUUACAUGCUUCUGAAACCGCAGGCGGAUGCUGGCAUGGCUUGUCGGUCCAGCCGCGACUUUGACAGUGCUCUGGGUUUUUCCUGCGACAGUGCUAAGUGCAAGGUGGCUGCUCCUUCCUCUUGUGCUUGGGCUGCAGGUGUGGUGCGAGCUUUUGGCUACGAGUCCACCUCCGUCCUCAAGGUGCUGGGCUUGAUGCUUGAUUUCAAUGCUGGAGGCCGCGCUUUGCUGGCCGGGUUCUCGGUGCAAAAGGCGCGGCAGCGACUCCGACUUGCCUCGGUCGUUGCUAAGACUGUGGCGUGCAGGCGGCGGCUUUUUCGGUCCCUGGCGGUACCUUUGUGGACUUGGGCUGGCGCUUUUGGUGGCCUCGCAGCUGCGGAGGCCAACGAGCUGCGGGCGGACAUUCUCUGCCGCGUGGGGUCGACGAGUGUCCGAGACAAGGCUCGCCCUCUGGCGCUGGAAAUCAUCGGCUACGACUGCGACCCUGUCUUCUCUCGCAGGUGGGCCGCGCUUCGUGAAGUUACCAGGGUGGCUACCUCCACGGCGGCUUGGCAGGAGACGGCCCCUCUUGAUGUUGCCCUUCGUGCUUGGCCGCUGUAUCUUCACUUUGCCAUGGACAUCCUCACGGAGCUCGGGUGGCAGGUCGAGGAGAACGGCCGAGUUAUCUCCAGAGUCGAUGCUCAAGGCCGAAUCCGGCGUUUCCGCUGCGGCCAGGACCGCCUUGAGGUCUUGCGUGAAUGGGUUAUGGACUGGCACCGUCGUGAAGCUCUGGUUCAGUGCCAGCGGGUCCACAGGGAUUACCAUCGCACUGAGCCGGCUCUGGCUCGUGGUGGAUGGCUGCCGCCGAUUGCCAAUGGCACCCUGUGCACUUUUCGUGGACAUUGCAAGCAUUUCGCUGUGUGUGGCGCCUUUGGCCGACAGCUUUGCCUAGGCCAUGGAUGCAGUGGAUGGGACAAGGCCAAGCGCAAUGGUUUGGAGGCCAUCCCUCAAUGCCGAUGUGGGCUUGCUGAGCCUAGCCGACCUCACCUGCUCUGGAGAUGCCCGGAGUUCACCACGCUCUCGGCCGCCUGCGGGCCGCCUACUACGCGAUUGGCCGAGCGGCUGCUUGCUGUUGCAGUGCCUGAGAUCCCGCCUGCUCCACCUGUCCUCGACCCUGGUGAGGUGCUGGAGGACAUCGCUGCCGACAUCCGACUUCGGUGGCCACCGGAUGGGGUGCUGUUGCUCGGCACCGACGGCUCCGCGUUCGACUUGGUCGCUGCUGCCGCUGCCUUUUGCGAGCUGGUGUGCCGGGGCGUCAUUGCGAUUGAUUGCAAGGCGGCGAUUGAUGCCUGGAAUGGUUGUGGGUGUCUCUCUUUUUACGUGACACUCUUGCGGUCGUUGCGAGCCCAGUUGCGGUCGCUCGGACUCGAGGUUGAUGCCGUCUGGGUGCCUAGCCAUGGCAAGCCGACCCCUCCUGGAUGGCGUGGCAGUGCUUUCUUUUCGCUGCAGCGGCUCCGUGCCAUCAACGAGCGUGCUGACGGCGCGGCUGGUCCUUUGGCCCGGCGGCGUGCCACUGGCUCCCUCCGCCAACGCUGUCUCCGGGCGCGCGAGGAGGCUGCCAGAUGGGAGAUGCGAGUCCUCGCCCUCGCCGAGCGCGUGGCCGAGGAGUGGGAUGCGUGCGAGACCUGA